AUGGGUUUCUCGUGCUCAAUCGCUGCUGCCAUUCUGGCUGGCUCUACUGCGUUUAGUUACGCUAAGGCAACCCCUUUCUCUGGUUGUGACGGAGUUUGUCGCAACCUCCACCAGGAGUUCCCGGAUCAGGUUCUUCUGAGAAACGAAACUGCGUACGCCGUGGAGCAGACAUCCUUCUGGUCGACUAUCCAGGGUUCUGCCUCUCCGAUCUGCUUCUUUACCCCUGAGAACGCAAGUGAAGUUUCCAGAGCAGUUGUCAUUGCUCGGUAUGGUCAGUGUCAAUUUGCAGUCAAGAGCGGAGGUCACUAUUCGUUCGAAGCAUCCACCAUUGACAACGGUGUGGUGGUUGACCUCGCCCGUAUGAACGAAACUGUCGUGAGUGAUGACAAAAAGUCGGCUGUUGUCGGACCUGGUGGCCGUUGGUCCAACGUGUAUCCCAUCCUGCAAGAGCAAAACCUCACCAUCCCUGGUGGGAGGAUGUUCGGCGUUGGUGUCGGCGGUCUCACUCUGGGCGGCGGAAUUUCUUGGUUGAGCAACCUCCAUGGCAUGACAUGUGACAACGUCCAAGACUACGAAGUUGUAUUGGCAAAUGGCAGCAUCGUCACGGCGUCUCCCACCUCCCACCCCGACCUGUACUGGGCUCUCCGCGGCGGUGGAAGCAACUUUGGUAUCGUCACUAAGCUCACAUUCGACGCCUAUGAGCAGGGUAAGCUGUGGACCGGUCAGCUGGAAUACGAUGGCGCCGCCAAUGCGUCUUCUAUCACAGCGUUCGUCAACUGGGGCGAUCAACUCGUGGCAACCGACCCCAAGAGCUUUAGCGUACUACUCUGGGACUACAACAAGGACGCUCCCCCAACUGGCACAGCUAUCCUUACACACGCCGACACCUUCACCGACACCAAGCACCCUGCAGUUUUUGACGAGUUCUACAAUGCCGGACCCAACAAUAUCACGGAGACCAACGCAUACCACGCUGAGAUCGCCGACGGCCUCGUGUUCUCUGGCGGUGUGACCCGCAACUCCUUCUGGACGACCUCGUUCACACUCGACGCGGAAAUGAUGCAGACGGCCUUCGAGAUCUGGCACGAAGAGGCCAAGGCCAUCGAGUCUAUCGCGACGCAGCAGUUGCAGCUCCAGAUCUUCACGCGCGCUGAGUUCGAGUUCGCGAAGCGUAAUGGAGGUAAUCCCAUCAGCUUCGCCGAACAAGAACGGCCUCUCGGGUUUCUGAACAUCAUCGCUAUGUGGAAAAACGAUCGCGAUGACAAGAUUGUCUACGCCACACAGCAAAGUAUUGAGGACCGCGUGAAUGCGGCCGCAAGGGAAAGGGGCCUAUAUAACGGAUUUAAAUACACCAACUACGCCAGCCAAUUCCAGGAUCCCUUCGCCAGCUACGGAACGGAAAAUAAGGCGCUGCUUCUAAAGAUUGCGAGAGACUAUGAUCCGGACGGUGUUUUCCAGAAGCUCCUCAGUGGCGGGUUCAAACUCACGCGCGGACCUGAACAUGUCUAG